UGUAGGCUACCCUACCUUUGUGUGAGUGGUACGGUCCAGUCGUCUCCCAAAUAUAAAUUGUGAAGUCUGUUUCUCACCAGUCACUACGUGGUCCACGCGUAUCCACACAGCUAAACAAACGCAAUGGAGCAUACCGAAGUAAUCAAACCGCAAACAUUAGAUGAUUUGAUCAAAAUAUUGCAUAAAAUAUUUGAAAGCGACAGCGUCAACGUCGAAGAGGUGCAGAAUAUCAUGGAGUCAUAUGAAAGCAAUACUCAGGAGUGGGGCAAAUUCGCAAAGUUUGACCAAUACAGGUAUACCAGAAAUCUGGUGGAUGAAGGAAAUGGAAAGUUCAACCUCAUGAUCCUAUGUUGGGGAGAGGGCCAUGGCAGUAGUAUCCACGACCACACAGACUCGCACUGCUUCAUGAAGAUCCUGCAGGGACAGCUGAAGGAGACGCUGUUCGAGUGGCCGGACCGCAAGUCCCACGGCCACAUGGUCCAGAAGUCGCAGAGGGUCCUGCAGGAGAACUCGUGUGCCUACAUUAAUGACUCCCUAGGCCUUCACAGAGUGGAGAAUGUCAGCCACACGGAGGUGGCGGCCAGCCUGCAUCUGUACAGCCCCCCCUUCCAGCAGUGCCAGACCUUCGACCAACGCACCGGCCACCAGAACACGGUCAAGAUGACAUUUUGGAGCAAAUACGGCGAGAGGACUCCAUUUGAGACCACGAUAUCACAGGAGAACAACUGAGAAGUUUGAGACACAGCCAUUGGGAGCUCCUCCCAGACGAAGAUCGAAAUAGAAAAAAAAUACAAACAGGCACAGUGCAAGGGGCAGAGAGGCUACGAGAAAACUUAAUAAAGAAUUGAAAUGAAAACAAAAUAAUAUAAGAGCACAGAAAACGGGCUGAACUGAACAGCCCUCCCCCCCUUUUGUUGUUAGAGAAAAAAAAUGAGAAAAAAGUAUGAGAGAAGAGAAGAUAGUUGGAAAGACUAGGGCCAGUAAUUAACAGGGCUUUUCCACAAGCAGCCAGUGUGAGGCUGGCCCAUGAGGUGGGAUGCUGGCAGUGCGGCGCGGACUGGUCUGAAUAAUAGCGGCAUUAGCUUUGGCAGCAGAGCGAAGCUCCUCAUUGUCUACAUUUGAGUAGAGGCCGCGGCCUGCCCCCCACCAGCCACCCCUUAACCCCUCUAUCAGCCCUGCCUCCACCAGCGCACCAACCAACACCAGCAUUCCUGUGUGUCUGCAACCCAACUGGGGGAGGAACACACGCACGCUCGCAUGCAAUGGGACUGUUACAGUGGCUUCAAGAGUUGCGCUUAUGAGGAAAUCAUGCAAAAAACAUAACAAUAAUGGCAAAAAAUGUCACUCCUGCAUUCAGAAAAUGAUGAUGAUUUGUGUGCUUGUUGGGGUCAGCUGGUUCAGACAAGGGUUGGAUAAUUACUCAAAAGCAUUCUUGUCAUACAUGUUUUGAGGAAAAAACAUGGCAACCUUUUAUUUAAGGGUCUAUACAUAAGGGUUACAUGAGUCAUGAUACAUGAUUAACAUUAAUGACACUUCGUUCGUGUGAAUAAUGUUGCCAUUAAACAUUAUACAUUUUGUUUUAGCCACUGGAUCCCAAAUCUAUGAACCCAUCAUUGUAUGAAAAUACAAUUGAGACCCAUUGCAGUCGUUAUAAACAAUAUAAACAAGAAUAGUGUUAGUGUUGAUGAUGUAUCAUGUCUUACUAUUCCCAAGCAAUACCCAUUAUCCAGUUGGUGUGCAUGUGUCUGUGUGUGUGUGCGAGUGUAUGUGUGUGUGUGUGUGUGUGUGUGUGUGUGUGUGUGUGUGUGUGUGUGUGUGUGUGUGUGUGUGUGUGUGUGUGUGUGUGUGUGUGUGUGUGUGUGUGUGUGAGAGAGAGAGAGAGGGGGAGCGUACGAGACAAUGUGCACCUGUGUCCUGCACUUGUUGAUUGUUUUUUGCUUUUUUUUUCCCUUCUGCUUUUUAAUUGUCCUUUGUGAAGACCACAUGGGACUGAGUAGCGUCAAUUUAUGUAAUUUUGUAAACAGCAAGAGUGAAGUCAAAGUAGUUGUGUAUGUUGUUCUGUAAAUUUCAAUGCCAAAUGACAAUCUGUAAUGUUUCCGAAUUAAUAACGUUUUAAUAUGUUCAGUUUUUAGUCAAUAUAAAUGUGUAUUUAAAGUAGAGUUGUAGUUAAGACUUUUACAUUAGACUCAAUUUUAAAACAAAUAAUAGAAACAAAGCACCUAAGAUCCGAUAUGUUAUUUUUCUUUCUCUCAGGAUUUGGCCUGUUGAUGGAAGUGAUAGUAUUUAUAGUUAGCUAUGUUGGGAAAUUGAUCUUACAGCUUUAAAAUCAUUGUCUACAGAAAAAGUUUAAUCUUAAAGAACAGAUCGCCUUGAAUGUAGACCAUUAAAUAUAAUCUGUCAAAUGCUCAA